AUGUUUAUGAAUAUAAUUUUCCUGGGACUUGCGAUACCAGCUUUCUAGAUUCAAUAAUAACAAUUCUUAGAUUAGGAAAAAAUAAAGCUGGGCAGUCUUUUUUACCAGAUGGCUAUAAAUAAUAAAAAUGAUGAAUAAAAUUUUUUAAACCUAAAUUUCCAAUUACUACAGAAGGUUUAAGAAUUUGAUACUUACACGAAUCUUUAUUAAAAUUAUCACUUUUUAUAAAGAAAUAUUAAUGAAACUCUUUUAUUAGUAAAUGAGAAAUUGCAGCUUAAAGCUUUGUUAUCAUUUAAUGAUUUUCCAAUAAAUGAUAAAUUAAUAGUAAGCAUAUCAGAUUUUUAAAUUUAACUACCUGAAGAAGAUUGUGAAAAAUUUUACUUUCUACAAGACGAUCAUCUUCUUGCUGUUUGCAAAGAGAAUGGCAAUUACCUAUAAAUUUUUACACUUAGCUAAUAAAAAAUAAUUGAUUAAAAAUAGCUUAAGUAUUAGUUUAAAUGUGAGAUUGGUUUUUCAAAAAUAGAUUAGGUACUAAUUAUUUAUGAAAAAAAUUGUUUAGAUAUCUACAUAUAUAAAUAGAAAUUGAUUUCGAAAACUAUAAACUCAAUAUUUAAUAAUUAUCUGAAUUAAUGACCUUAUUGGUAGAAGUUUAAAGUGAUCUACCUUAAAAAUUAAUAUAAUUAGAAAUCUGUUAAAUUGAUGAAUUUUAUAUAGCAUUCCAAAAGACAUUAUUUUAUUAUUCAGUUUAAGUGAAGAUAUUAUGCGUAAUUUAUAGGGCAGAAGGACAACAUUUAGAAAUAUAUGAACUCCUUAACUGUUGUAAAAGUCUGUAGUUUACACUCAUUAAUAAAGAUACAGGUAAUUUUAAACUUAUCUUAGGUACUCUAAAAUUUAAAAGCAAAUUCAUUAUUAGUACUCAAGGUUAUAAAUAAUCAUAUAUUAACAAUUAUUUUUUGUUACAUCAUUUCGAUGACAAAGUAGUAGUCUAGUUGAAUGAAUAGUUGCAUUUAUUUGCAUUCAGAAUUUUUCAAAUUUUUUCAGAUUUCUGA